CCUUCCGCUCGAGGUGGGGGGGAGGUGGGCCAGGUCGCCCCGGGCCUCCUGAAAUGUCCUGCCUGUGUCCUCGUGGGUAGAAUUCGUUUUGAGAGAGAUCCUGGGAGCCCGGGAAGGUAGGACACCUGUCCCGGUUGGGUACGACUCUGCCCGCCGCCUCUCAGGUCCCCUCAGGGUGAAGCGGCACAUGGUCUGGUCCGGAGGGACCCCGGCUCGCGCGGAGACUCCGGGGACUGAAGGGCGGCGCGCGCGCGCAUGCGCGGAGGCGCGGCGUGGGGGCGGGAGCCGCGCAGCCCCUUCCCCGCGUCGGUGAAGGUGAGUGGGGGCCCGGCGGGGCGUGUCCCGCGAUGGGACUGACGCUCCCCCGCAGCGACCCCCGUUGGCACGACCACCACCUCCCAGCUACUCUGAAAGCCCUGGACCCCAGUUGUCCCGAAAGCUGGGGUUCCCAGGCGCUCCGGUUCGGCGUUCAUACACCAAAAUGCCUUAGAGUUAAGCCACUGCCGCCCUUGCACUGCCAUUCCCGGCACCGGUCUCUCCUCCACGCGCCAUCUGUGCUACGGAGCAGCUCACCUGUGGGGGGCUCCCCUUUCCCCGCCGGCAGCAGCUAGCUCCGUCCUGGCCAGCCCUGGAGAUGGGAGGCCUGGUGCGCGAUCUGUCCACCAGCUGUCACCCCGCUGCAGACUGCCCGCCCGCCCUCUGCUCCCGUACCGUUGCUAGGAAGAACUCUGGGCAUGAUAAUCAACACCUUGUAUGUGAUGAUGGCUCAACUCUUAAGAUCUCGUCUGAUAAACGCUGCGAUGAUUCGUAACCGAAUGAACAUGCUCCCAUCUCUUGGAGUCGUUGGAAACAGAAUGAUGUCAACUCUUAAGUCACCAAAGAAGAUGAGAGAAUAUUACAGGCGGCUGAAUCUGGAAGAAGGAUGCUCUGCAGACGAUGUCAGGGAAUCUUUUCGGAAGCUCGCCAAGCAAUACCACCCAGACAGUGGCUCUCCUACGGCGGAUUCUGCAACGUUCAUAAAGAUCGAAGAAGCGUACAGGAACGUGCUUUCCCACGUGAUGCAGCAAACAAACGCCCGGCAGAAGAAAGUCGAAGACGCAGAGGAUGAGGAAGAAAACUCCAAAUAUAAAACACCCCAACACAGGCAUUACUUAAGUUUCGAAGGUAUUGGUUUUGGAACUCCAAGUCAACGAGAGAAGCAAUACAGGCAAUUUAGAGCAGACCGGGCCGCUGAGCAAGUGAUGGAAUAUCAAAAGCAGAAGCUGCAUAGCCAGUACUUCCCUGAAAGCUUAACUGUCAAAGAUGUGAGACAGACUAAACAACAAAAGAUAACUCAAGCCAUAGAGCGGUUAGUGGAGGAUCUCAUUCAGGAGUCGAUGGCAAGGGGAGACUUUGAUAACCUCAGUGGGAAAGGAAAACCUCUACAGAAGUUUUCUGGCUGUUCAUAUAUUGAUCCCAUGACUCACAACCUGAACAGAAUAUUGAUAGAUAACGGAUACCAACCCGAAUGGAUCCUAAUGCAAAAGGAAAUAAAGGGUACUAUUGACCAACUCCGAGAGUCCAUUGUAGUGUCCAGGAAAAAACUGGGGAAUCCCAUGACGCCCACUGAACAGAAACAGUGGAACCAAGUUUGUGAGCAGUUUCAAGAAGACAUCAGAAAACUAAACAAGCGAGUGAACGAUUUUAAUUUGAUUGUUCCCCUCCUCACCAGGCAAAAAGUCCAUUUUGAUGCCCAGAAAGAAAUCGCGAAAGCCCAGGAAAUAUAUGAGACCUUUAUCAAAUCCAAGGAAGUCACAGAGAAAAACCCAAACAACAUUGAUCAGGGUGAAGGGGAGAAAACACCUGGAGUCAAGACAGGGUUUUUCAACUGGACGAAUAUGUGGAAAUUCAUUAAAGCCUGACCAUUUCAACGUUCACAGCCCCGCCCCAAAUCCUUUUCAGUUGUACUGACAUCAGACAGAGAGACUGGGAGGUAUGGCUGUCACACAGGAGUUUGAGAACUGUAUGCCGUACUUUUCACAAAACUGACCACAGCUCUGGUGAUGUGUAAGGAGAAAGCCGGGAGAAACUGUCACAGAAAUGUUCAGCCAGCUUUGCUCUGGGAAAAUAGCAAGGAAAGAAGAGACGCUCUAAGAAAACAAUUUAAUCCAUUGCCAAGUGUAAUUGCCAGUCAUCAGGUGAGAUGCGUUAGGACAGGGACUUGGGCUGGGAAUCAUAAAGGGUAUUCGGAAUGUCGUGCAGAUUUAAACUCUAAUAACUUCAAACCAGUUGCCAUUUGCCAUCUUCAAACACAGGCACUUCAACAACAACAACAAACCAAAAACAUCAAAAGUCAUAAACCUAAACAAGAAUGUAGGCAGCUGGGUUAUCAAAGCUCAAAACUGUUGUAAGACUUUGGGACACUCUGUGGGCGGAAACGUUAAGAUGAGGACAUCAGCCUCUGGAGUCACUGCUUUUCUUUAUAAAGGUCUUCUCUGUGGGCACUGAAUUUUAAAAGUAUAUCUGGGUUGUACUUUUUCCUGACUAACUUCACGAUCGAUUGGCUGCAGAAAUGGCCCGGCCACGCUGGUGACUUAGCUAUUCUAGAAGUAGACCCCUGGGUCCACUGUCAGAGCUUUGAGUGCAUGUUCUGGUCUCCAGGAGUGAAAAACCCUUGGGAUCAAUGGAAACGUAAGAUUUCACUUCUGGCUUCAUCUCUCCUCAGAGAUUGAAAUGAUAGGUUUACAUAAACGUACCUGAGGUCUGUCUCUGUCAUGUAUGGGACGCCCCAGAGCCUUUGUCAACCACGUGAAAACCUCCGUUUCCUGCCUUAGGGCUCGAAUUUCCUGUCUUAGGAACCCUUCAGUGAACAAAGACAAGAUGCCUGAAUGUUGUACCUUUGGCAAAUGACACGAGUUUGACCUUCGUGAGAUGGUUGUGUCCCGUCCACUUUAAGAAAAUCUGACUUUCUGAGGUGUCAGUGCUCUGGCCACAGAAUUGGGCAACCAGAGGGGUCUGGGGUGUGGUCACAAGGAGCAGGUCAUGUCCUCGCCUACACCAGAGCGCUGCGUUCUGGAUGCGGUUCAGAGCGUGGCGCGGGCUGUCUCACGUGUGAACAACAGCUAUUCUGUAAAACGUGAUCAUUAAAACUACAUCUUCAAAAGGAAAUUUCAGACCUUUUUGCUUAGAGAUGGGGCAUUGAUUGCUAUAGGAUGUGAUUAUUUUGUUGAUGAGUUGUUUGGCUUCUAGAAUGAUAGCAUUACUCUAAACAAAAUGGUGAACAGUACAACAUACAGCUUUAUAACAUUUCCAGAACAUUUAAAAGGCAAUUCCGUUAGUCUUGCGAAAAAGGGAAUUCAAUGUGUGACACCCAAUUGCAUUGAAGGAACAUAUAGCAAGGACACCAUUUUCAAUAUUGGAUAAUGGGAAGGUGAAAUGAUCAAAAAACUCUGGUAAAUCCUUAAUUUCAGCACAGCACACUUUAUGUUUGUAAAUGUUAAUAAAGUUAAUUUUAAUGAUUA